AGUCAUUCUUUCGAAAAUUGUCGCAGCGAGCAGAGCUCUUGAAAAGUAAUAAAAAAUAAAAAUUAAAUUCCUCUCAUUGAGUCGUUGUGUUCCGUGUCGAGCAAAGUACUUGAUUUUCGCCAGCCAGCACGCGCGUGUGCCGUUCUCGUUUAGAUCCAGAUACCAAAGUCCAGGCCCAGGUCCACAAAAGAACACAUAGUGUAGCACCCCCGACACCACCGCACACUCUCGUUUGAACAAACCACCCAUAAGCCAAAGUCCAGGCCAAAGCUAAAAAAAACAUGGUUACCGACGCGAAGGACACCCUUUCGCCCAAGAGCUCCACCAAGGAGGUGCAGUGCUCCCACUCGGGCUGCGAUGAGCCCAAGCUCCAGGAGGCGGCCCUCUUGUCCCCCACCCCCUUGACCACCCCCAAGAGCGCCCGCGUGGGCAUCUUCAAUGCCGAGGACUUCCUGUCCCGUGCCCAGCUGAACGACAAGAUCAACAACAUCCUUCGCUCGCCCACCAAGGCUCCAAAUGGCGUGCGCCAGCGCUCCGUCUUCACCAACAACAAUCCAUCGCCGCAAGCCACCAUGCGCCUUGUGUCCUCGAUGAGCAGCGCUUUGGGUCCUCGCUUGAGCAGCUUGUCGCUGAGUGCCGGGAGUGUUAGUGGCGUGAAGCGCGGAUUCGAUCGCGGCCUGGAGCGCGGCAGCAGCAGCAGCAGCCUGGGCCACAGCGCCAGCGUGGGCACCAACACCAACAUCCUGGCCAAGGAGUGCUCCAGCCAGACGAGCAGCAGUGCCCGCCCCUUUAUGCACCUGGGCGUCCAUGCCGCCCCGCAUUCGGCAUUUGGCGCCAUGCCGCAGGUAACCGCUGGCUUCGAGGCCAUGGGAUUGGAGAUGGAUGCCGCGAACAUCACGCGCAGCGGCAAGAGCCUCACGGGGCGCUUCAACUCUGGCUAUGGCUUUGAGACCGAGGGAGCCUACUGCCUGCCUCAGGCGCACCACACUCAACAGUUCCCUUCCCCGAUGCCACCACCACCUUAUGCCCUGGGUCGCGUCAGUUCGAGGAACUUUGAGUUCGACAACAACACACCGCCGCCGUGUCCCGGCUCUGGACCAAUUGCCAUGACCAACGGCACCAUUCAGCUGCGCCUGCGCGAGGGCGUUCGCAUUGACAUGACCUUGGACAAGGCGGUGCGCGUGCUGAACCAGCGCAGCAUGGUGGCCGUCGCCCUGUCGCGCAACUGCAGCAACUCGGCCCUCAUCCAUCCCAAUGGACGAAUCCUGCAGAGCGGCUCCAAGGUGGAGAUCGUCACCUAUGACGGAAUGAAGGCCAAUAACUUUGUUCGCUAUGCCAAAAUGUGGUACAAGGGCGUCAGCUUCACCAGCGAGUCCUGUGCCCUCAUCUAUCUGGUGGACACAGCUGGCACGCGCACCACCACCGACACCUUCACAGACCUGACCAAGGACUACACACUGGCGGUGUUCUACGACGAUUCGCGCCACGGCCCAUCCUUUAUGUCGGAUGCCCACGACGUGAUCGCCAACUCCACCUACAAUUGCGCCGAGGACGGUACCGAGGUGUACGACAUCAAUGGAUUCCGCAUCACGCAGGCGGCCGACGGCCUGGUGAAGGUCACCCGCCAGCACAACAAGUGCCUGAUUCGCACCAGUCCCGGCAACGGGUCGGCCACCCUGACCACCCCCGGCAUCCACUGCACGGCUUCGCUGGGAAAGACCUCGCACUUGUUCGUCCGUCGUAAUGAGAAGCGCAUGCACUUCGACGGAUCCUGUUUCAUUGUACGCAACGCCGGUCACUCGGCAGGAUUCAAUGAGAACAACCUGCUGAUUGUCUACUAAGUACCGCUCGCAACAUGGGAUGUGUCCGGCGAUGGGUGUGUACCACCUACCCACCCACCUACCACCUAUCACACCACCCACCCGAGCACUCGAGUCCACCCCAUUAACACACAGACAUCACAGAAAACACACACAGACACCGACUCAACCGUCGACACUGAACACCUUUGGCCACCCAAAAACAACUUAGAACCGGGGCCUCGGCGUGGAGAGGGAUUAUAAGAUCAUAUGAGAAAACCGAAUCUAGGCUAUGGUCAACAAAAAAAAAAAAAUGUUAAUCGUAAAACUGCAUUCAAAAAAGACAGCUCGAAAAAGGGCGCGAGCAACGGAAACAGAUCAUCCCUCGGAGGGCACGACCUUCGCCCCCUUGGAUUGCUCUUCGAUUGCUCGACGUAGGCGCAACGCAACCACCAAGGAAUUCGUUUUUAGAUCCUGUCAUAAGCUCACUAUCCCUCGAUAUCCCCAAUUUUAUACGCAUACAGUUGUUUCGUACAGGCAGGCCGGGUAGCAGAGGUCUAUAAGGUCUACCCACUGCCUGAAACGCUGGCCAAGACAAUGGGAUUUCGAUCAGGGCCAGCGUUUGGUGUUACAAAAAAAAAAAGAAUGUAUUCGUUUCGCGUUCCACUUCAUGUUCGGCUCUAUCAAUCUAUCCAAAUUACUUCCCAUCGAAUUUCCAAAAGUUCUAUAUUAAAUGCAACAUUUUGAGAAAAUUCGACAAGAAAAAAAUUAAAAGUUGCAAAAUUUCCACAAAAAAAUGAAUAUGUUAUAGUAUCCAAAUUAGAUUCCGGAGAGAUUUAGCAGCACCGCGGCUGACCUGCGGACGGAUCUUUGGCGUUACGUUCGGCCCACGUAACGCCAGUGUCAACUCAGUUAGUUCUAAGUUAUCAGUUAAGAUUAGUUAACCAAGUUACUGCAAUCCCAGCAUGUUCAUCCACACACCAUCCAACCACAAAACACACGUUGAAAGUAGAAAGAUGAGUAGUUUUCAGUGAAAAGAGGAAAAGCAUGUGAUUAAAUUUCCAAGUGUAGUCGGUAGUAGUGUCUACCCCACUCACAAAAUCACACCUUUUCGCACACACACAUUCACCCAAGGACAGAAGCAAAGUGAGGAGUUGUAACUGAAAUGGAAUACGAUUUUUAAUUAGCUUACGAAACACGCGUCAAAAAUGGCAGUCGUCUCUAAAAGCCAAGUUAGCACACGCACACACACUAUCAAACAAACCAAAUGUAUAACCCUCUAGAAAAAAGUCAUUGAGGGCAAAAAGUGAAACACCACGCAAUUGAAUGUGUAUAGCCUUACAUCAAUCUCCAAAACCCUAAAUUUACGCUCAUGUAAAUCGAAAUUUAUGUGUACAAAAAUCGAUUUAAAAAAGUAAUAAAUGGAAAUCUAAAA